GUAAUGCCAGAACAUACACUUAAACCGAAACUUGUCCUUACUAAGGAUGAAUUUGAGAAGCAUCUGCAACAUUUAAUGUUGCCACGCAAAACUCCUGUGUUGACUGAUCCUUUUCCUCUCUGUCCCUCAAAAAAACUACCCCCUGCAAAGAUCGAUGGCAUAGUUCAUCAUUUAUAUACUCAAUCCAUAGGGAUUCGUUCAGCAAGCAUUGCCGAUUUAGAAGCUCGUAUUUAUAAAACUGAAGGCGUUAAACAUAAACCUUUAGGUCAAGAUGAAAUAGAACUUUCUGUUCGUCGUUUGUUUAAUGAUGCAGUUUUAAGUAAAAGGGAAAAUCUUGAACGGUCCAGGGCGCAAUAUUUAUUUCACUAUCCCUGUACAGAAAAAAAGAUUCCAUUAAAAGACUUGGUUCAACAUAUGUAUUUAGAUCGCAUAGAAGCCAAGAAAAAAACUGUCCAAAUGCUGUAUGAUAAGUACAUACAUUCCACUGAAACUGGUGCGAUUUCUGAGGGCCCUAUUGUGCAUAAUUAGAUAAGCUUAUAAAAAAUAAUAAAAAUAUAUUUCAAAAGUGUUCACUUUCGUAAUUACUGAAAAAGGUCUUGUGUUUGAUGUCCAGAACUGUAAAAUGAAACUUAUUUGUACAUGACAAUUAAUUGUCUCAGUUUUUCGAGCAAGCAGAACGAUGAGAAUGUAAAUGAGUAAUAUAUUUUUAUAUUCUGCUUAGUACCACCUGAGUUUCAAACAAAUUAUGUUUAUUUGUAUAUUAGAUUUUGACUGUUACUUACCCUGGAUAAGUACGUGCUAUAAAGAAGUGUAGAAGGUAAA